AUGUUCCCGGAACUUAAUAGCCUUCUGAACACCACCCCUGCCAGGGUGGAGCAGGGGAAAAUGACUCUACUUUGUGAUGAAGGCAGUUUCCUUGUCCACCAUUUUCUUUCCUUCUACCUCAAAGCUAACUGUAAAGUCUGCUUUGUGGCACUCGUCCAGUCUUUCAGUCACUACAAUAUCGUGGGACAGAAGCUGGGUGUCAAUCUGACCAUGGCACGGAAACGUGGGCAGCUUAUAUUCCUUGAGGGUCUCAAGUCUUCAGUGGACGUCUUCUUCCAGGAUCAGGAGGAGCCACAUCCCUUGCAGUUUCUCAGGGAGGCCAGUGCUGGGAAUUUGGAACCAUUGUAUCAGUUUGUGCGGGAGGCCCUGAAGCCCGUGGAUAACGGGGAGGCUACUUGGAAGUGUCCAGUGCUGCUGGUGGAUGACCUCAGUGUAUUGCUGAGUCUAGGCUUGGGGGCGGUGGCCGUGCUGGACUUCAUUCACUACUGCAGAGCCACCGUGUGCCAGGAGCUAAAGGGAAAUGUGGUGGCCCUGGUACAUGAUAGUGGAGAUGCUGAGGAUGAGGAGAACAACAUCCUUCUGUAUGGCCUCAGUCAUCAGAGCCACCUAAUCCUGAGGGCUGAGGGCCUGGCCACUGGUUUCUGCAAGGAUGUGCAUGGACAGCUGAGGAUCCGUUGGAGGAGACCAUCGAAGCCCACAGCCCGGCGAGAUCAGAGCUUCACCUAUCAGUAUAAGACACAGGACAGGAGUGUGUCCUUUUUUGCCAAAGGAAUGUCUCCUGCUGUUCUGUGACCUGA